CAUACUGUUAAUAUAAAGAAGUUAACAAGAGUUAAGAUGAAAAAGCCUUCUUGAAUAAAAGGGUUUUUAAGCUUGUUUUAAAAGAGUCUGGGGUCUGAGCUGCCCUCAGACGGUUAGGAAGGCUGUUCCACAAGCGUGGUGCAGCACAACUUUGGACAGUUACUCAAAAAGUCAUCAAUUACCGUUACUUAUCACUUAUUGACAAAGUAAUGACAUUAAUUUACGCAUAGCAGCCCUGUCAAACAAACGUAUCAAUUUCAAAGUCUCCCGCGACACCGACAUGUCGCAUUUUCAGCAUUUAAAAUGUGUAGAAAUAGAAAACGAGGCUUUGUUAAACUAUAGCCAGCCUAGGUUUAGAAGUUAUUCACUGACCAUCACCAGCUAACAUCAGCUAACGCAACAGCACUGCAGUAGUUCCGUCCUCACAGUGAAGCCGCAGAGUUCACACCAUAGUUGUCACACCCUCCCAACUCCAUAGAUAACCAAAACCCAGGUAACCCCAUAAACAUUUUACAGGCUUAACUGGCCAGAUUUGAAAACAGAAAUUGCACACAGUAAAAUGCAUUUCUUUUGUCCUUUGAGCAAUAUAUUUCCCCCAAAAAUAUUUAGCCAAGAUGCUAAUACUAGUCUAAUUAGAUAUGCUAAAGCUAACUAGUCUAGGCCUCUGGUUGCUAUGCACAUAAUGUUUUAUUUUCAUUUUAUGUCAUUUCCUUGUUUGUUUGUUUUUUCGCUCUACAUAUAACGGAGUAUAUCAUAUGUUUUGUAUGUAGUGUUAUGUAAAUUAAAGAGAGUUGUGUUGUGGGAGGAUCCGCUGGUUGUUAUGCACAUAGGCCUAAUGAAUUAUUUUAACUUUUCCAAUUUGUGUUUUUCACCCAGGUAGUAUCCUUGAUAUGAUCAGUUUGCUCAUUGUGUGUAUGCAUGUGUACUUAUAUUGAUAAUUAAGUUGAAUAAUAAAUUACAAAGAAUGUGUUUAUAGCAUGGAUGUAGGCUGUUUCUGAGCGACGUCAUCAGUGAGAUGUGUGGGCAUGGGUGUGUCAUGUGUUGUUUUUGUUCCUUAAACUGUACGAAUUGCAGAAGUAAUGGAUGGAGAAUGUUCAUUUUCCCACGAGCUAAGGGAAACUACCCAGGGCUGACAUCUAUCAAAGCCCCAGGUCUAGAGUUUCUCCUCCAGGCCGUCCUCACAGGUUCCACAAACCCAGCCCGGCCCAGACCGCCCCGGGUAAAUCCAUGAUGUCCCUGGGACCCCUCACCAAAGGGGCGAGCUGGGAGGAGCUCGUCCAGGCCUGUGUGCAGGUCUUCGACUCGGAUGGUUGUGUAUGUGGGAGCAGCCACUUGUUGAACAUCACCCUGACCAUGCACCGUCUCCUCAUCUCCUCCAGUGAUCUGCUAGAUAAACUCAUCACUCUAUUUAAAACAGCGAUGGACAACGAGCAGCCAACAGAGUGCCAGAGGAUAUGCUACCUCGUCAAGCAUUGGAUCCAGGAAUGCUGGGUGAUGUUCCGGUUGCACCACAGCUUGUCAGACAGCUUGGACCAGUUCCGGGAGCUGAUCAGAGAGCAGGGACAGGAGCAUCUCUGCUCUCUCCUAGAGACCAAAUGGAUAAAUGAGCGGGACUGGUCGUGGAAGGCCAGCCAGAAGAUCAAAGCUAACAGCAGUAAAAAGAGGAAAGUCUCUCUUCUUUUUGACCACCUGGAGCCCAUUGAGUUGGCUGAGCAUCUCACCUUCCUGGAGUUUAAGUCCUUUUGCAGGAUAUCAUUUGCAGACUAUCAGAAUUAUAUUCGCAACUGCUGCAUGAAGGACAUCCCUGUGAUGGAGCGUUCCAUCGCCCUGUGUAAUGGUAUCUCCCAGUGGGUUCAGCUGAUGGUGCUGAGCAGGCCGACAGCUCAGCUGAGAGCUGAGGUUUUCACCAAGUUUAUCCACGUAGCACAGUGUCUACAUCUUAUGCACAACUACAACACACUAAUGGCGGUGGUGGGAGGGCUUUGUCACAGCUCCAUCUCCAGACUGAAGGACACCACCUCACAUGUGCCCAGUGAGGUCACCAAGGUACUGAAUGAGAUGACAGACCUGCUGUCCUCCUGCAGAAACUAUGACAACUAUAGACAAGCUUACAACAGGUGUACAGGUUUUAAAAUCCCUAUCCUUGGCGUCCACCUCAAAGACCUGAUUUCGGUCAAUGAGGCCAUGUCAGACUACGUUGAGGACAACAAGGUGAAUGUCCAGAAGCUCCAGGCACUCUACAGCCAUAUUAACGAGCUGAUCCAGCUCCAGCAGAUCCCACCCAAGCUGGACGCUAACAAGGACCUGGUCCAUCUGCUUACGCUGUCCUUGGACCUUUACUACACCGAGGAUGAGAUCUAUGAACUGUCUUACACUCGGGAACCCAAGAACUGUAAAGCACCUCCAGCCACACCCUCUAGACCUCCAGUGGUUGUGGAUUGGGCACCAGGAGUGGCUCCCAAACCUGACCCCCGAACCAUCAGCAAACAUGUGCAGAGAAUGGUGGAUUCCGUGUUUAAGAACUACGAUCACGACGAGAACGGCUUCAUUUCUCAAGAGGACUUUGAGAAAAUUGCUGCUAGCUUUCCUUUUUCCUUCUGUGUCAUGGACAAAGAGAAGGAAGGCCUUGUCAGCAGAGAGGAAAUCACAGCCUAUUUCAUGCGGGCCAGUGUCAUCUGCUCCAAACUGGGUCUGGGCUUUGUCCAUAACUUCCAGGAGACCACAUACAUGAAACCCACCUUCUGUGACAACUGCUCAGGAUUUUUGUGGGGUGUCAUCAAGCAAGGAUACAGGUGCAAAGACUGCGGGAUGAACUGCCACAAGCUGUGCAAGGACCAGGUGGCGUUUGAGUGCAAGAAGAACACCAAAAUGACCACAGACAGUCCGACACCAAGCUCCACUCCUGUGACCAUGGGCACUUCAGAGGGUUCAGAAGAAUGUCCUUUCCCCUACUUAUCAGAUGACAGCAAAGACUGGAGCCCAGACUCCCCAGUCCCCUCACAUUCAAGGCCACGAAAAGUCCACAGUGGCACCCAGACAGAGGGACCCCAGCUAUCUUCUGCAACCUCCCCUGAGGCCAGUCGCUUUCAGCCUGCUCUGCUGGUUCCAACGUCGCCUGCUCUCACCUCGUGUCCCAGCCCAGUGCCCCAGAGAAAGCAGCGACACUGUGCCAAGUGGGAAAACAGAGCUUCUAUUGUGCAAAAGCCCAAAGAGCCAGACGAAGAAAACAAACCCGUGUAUGAAUCUCUAGAAGCGGACAACCAGAGGCUCCAUAAAGUCAAUGAGACACUACGUAAGAAGCUGAGGGAGGCGGAGCGGGAAGUGGAGAUACUAAAGACACUGCUGAAGAGGCACGCUCUCCACCCUGUGGAGGAGGACUCCUCCUCUUAGACACAUACAUACACUGGAGCUGCCCCAUAUGGCAGCAUGUAUAAAUCUGGAUCCAACUUACUGCUCAUGAACAGUGUAAAUAUUUUACCGGUAUAAUGAGACCCAGGCAUUUUGGCAUUACAUGGUAUAAGGUGGGAUUAAAUUCACCUAGCCAGUCAAGGUGUUCUAAUGAUAAUGGUCGCUAGCCAAUCAAAAAUGCCAAUCAGUGCAUCAUCAAUAAUGAGUUAAGGGUCAUUUUUGAGGUGAGUAUGGAAGAUUAUUGUCAGUUAUUAGUACAGUAGAACUUUUUACAACUUGAUUUUUAAAAGAAAAAAACACAUCAACAUUAUUUCAUAGUAUGAAAAGCUAAGAAAGCCAAUUUAGUGUUGGAGUGUUACAUCUGAAGAAGUGUGUAUAUAUAUGCAUAGUUCUCCCAAAGAAUGAAAAUCGUCAACAUGAGCAUUACUCACUGUACUCAACUAUUAAGAGUAGAUGCAAUCGGAAUCAAGUUUUCUGUGUUAAAGUUAUAAAAAACAAAGGAUUAUUGAAUGAAAGAGUUCAGUAUUUUAGAGUGGAACAAGAGAGAAGAAUGUGCUUGAUCAGCUCUUGGUCAAUUAAUGAGAUUAGAUAUUUAUGUUAAACAUAAAAUGGAAAUCAGAGGCUGCAGUAUUCAGCAAAAUAGUUUUAAAAAAACAAGAAUUUUGUGGAGUAUAUGACAGGUGAAUUAUUAUUAGUAUUAAUGAUAAGAUUCCUCUGAUAACUGCAGCAGACAGAUGACAUUUCUACAGUCCGGAUGGCCUCAGAUGUACAGACCUGUUGUUGCUCUGCAUCAAUGUCUGAGUUCAUAUCAAUGCACAAGAUGUUUUCAGUGCUUCUGUUAAUAUUUAUUGUCUGAAACACUACACAGUUCAUACAAAAAGUGAGAUAAUUGCAUAUUUUGUAUACUGGUACUUUCAAUUAAUUAUUUAUGCUUGUGUGUGUGUGUGUGUGUGUGUGUGUGUGUGUGUGUGUGUUGACAUCAUAUUGAUACUUUUUAUUUUUAUUGUGCAGACACGUCUUCUGUAUUGUUUUGUGGUCCACUGUAGCAGUGUUGUAUUGUGAAUGGGAGUCAUGAUUGCAUGUGUUUGUAAUAUGUGUGAUGUGCUGUACAGAGUAUCCAUGGUGCCACUAUAUACCAUCUUAGUUAUUUCAAGGUCCAUCCUUUCUUGCAGUAUUGUUCUCUUACUGUGAUAAUAAAUACUGAACAUUCUAUAUAAAGUCA